CUUCCGGGUCAGUGUGACAUUAGGUACCUGAAGCGGGGGAGGUAUGAGUUGACCCACAAUGAGAGAUGGCAACUAAGUGGAACCGGGACCAUUUAAGAGCUGUUUCGAGGCCAAAGUCGCUACGAGCUUUGCUUGGGGACGAGCUGGCUGAAUAUUUGGCCUCUGGAGAGAGAGGGGAUAGGAAUAUCGACCCCAAAUUACGUGCCAGACUUAUGCGUGACAUCAGAGCCGACACCAGGUCACGGGCAGCUUGGGCGAGGUUACUCAACGAACACCCAAAUACCCGCAAGCAAAAGGGCAUCAACAAGAAAGCGCUCUCUAAGGGCUGCUUUGGACUCAAAUUGGACCGCAUUGGUGUCGUCAGUGGCCUGGGCUGCUAAGAGCUGGAGUGCCAUCUAGUGGCGGCUCCGAACAUUGACAAUGGUUUUCUGAUCACUGGUCGUUAUCCUGUCUUAGAGUGGACUGAGGAUCUUCUGAUUCCCCAAGCCAGAGAUUCCCCAGCAGUGGCACAGGCCGGUACGAUGGGACACAGGACCUGCUGUUACCACAUGUCGUCUGUCAUUCUGUUCCCAGCGCACAAGAGCCAUAUGUGUGUGUGCCGUGUACAUAUCUGUAACCAGGGCUCCCUAGAUGUUUACAUAUCAGUCCAGACAAGUGUUUCACCUGUGGGGCAGACUCUCAUACGUGUUCUUAACGUGCAGUGUGACCAGGCUCUGUAUGUGCUAAACCAUUCCUUAUCCACGGUCAUGGAUAUCUGCGUCAGACUACAGUAAACCCUUCAUAUACCACUUAGUUUUUAUUUUAACCCUUGGAAUUAGCCCUUAACAUCUCUAAUUUUGUUUAGAAUGUGUUUGAGCUACUGAUUGGGGUAUUCUGGGCUACUUUAGUAGUAGCCCACAUAAGCUGCUGGCCUUUUUCAUAGAAUAUAGUGAAUUCCUAGCCCAUGAGGACAUAUGGGAAGACUGCAGUGCAUCCUGGGACCUCUCAUCCAGUACUGUGUCACCGAUAGUACAUUUGUCUUAUUGCUUUCAAACACUGACGUGCAACUUUUAUCAUCCUGUACUCGGUCAGUGCUAACUCCCUCCCUUAUUUUGGGGCCCACAUAGUGAAAUAAGCAUUACACAGAGGUCAGUUAUACAAUACAUGUGCUUUGUAUUUAUGGUCAUUUCAUUAAAGGGCUCUAACUACAUGUGCCGCACAGUGAGAUAUGGUACAGUGAAACUCACAGCAGGGUUCUAGUUGUUAUCAGACACCUCAAGGCUAUUCAGACAAUGCAAUAAAGUUGCUGUUAUUAAUCAAGGAGAUCGUACAUUGGUGACUGGUCAAAUAAUAUAACAGAUUUGAUAACAAAGACAGCAGGUUCUGUUUAAAAACCCAAACUGUGUUUCUCUUUUAAUAAGAUACUGGACUGGCUGAGAUGGCCUCAGAUGCAUUGGACCAAGCAGGCCCCUCAGGCUAAUAGAAUCACUCAUAACUCUUGAGUUUGCACUCACAUUAAACUUUCUACCUAACAGGCCCCAAAUCUGGGUAAUGAGCCAAUGUCCCAUCCAGCAGCUCAACUGUCCCAUUUCUUGGGAUACAUGUGUUUGGUAGGCGGGAGACUGUCAGAGUUGUCUGUACAUUCACACCAUGCAUUUGAUGUAUUUAAGUUGUAAAGCUAUUUAUAUUGUUUAUAAGAGAUAUUUAUAAAAAAAUCUUUUAUUUAUGUAAUUAAAUGAACGGGGUCAAACAUUGUAAAAUUUUGUCCUAAAUAGUUGAAACUUUUAAAAAAUAAAGAAAAAAAAAA